AUCAAAACAAACAUUCGAAUUAUAAUUUUUAAUUCUAUUUUAGCUAUUUAAUUUAUACUUUUAUGUCAUUUUGUAACAAUGUCAAGCGUUUUGAAGGAAAGGCUCUCAAAUAAGGAAUCGGGUCCGUUUGAAAAUAGAUCGACUGACAUGUCAAAUUUGUCUGGCCAGUCUGGGGACAGUCAGGAAUCGAAUAAAGAAGACGAUUUACAAGAGACAAGCCCCAGUGAGAAUAAAUGGCUGCUAAUCGUAGCUGUUCAUUUCUGUAACGUCAUGUAUUCGGCAUGCUAUUGGAUCAAUGUUGGUGUCUAUCCAGUAUGGCAAAUAGAUUUCUUUAUAUUAUGAAUUAAUGGCUGUAAUAUAUUAACCCACUUAGCUGCAAUGUGCCCUAAUGCAUCCCACCAGACUAUUUUACUUGUCAAAGCAAAAGUCUUGCACAUUAAUGGUUAACUAUACUAUUUUCCAACGUGUUUUGUUAACCCAUUAACAGCUUAACCUGUUACUGUAUUAUGGCUUUCAUUAAAACUUCAGGGAGAACGGUUUAGAACUGAUAGAGUUAUUCGAUAGAAAUAAUUGGUUUCCCCCUAUAGUAACACUAAUAGGGAAAGGUCCUUGCUAAAUGUUAAAGAGAACAAUAAAGAACUGCAGAUAGAGACUGCUACCCAGCAAAAAAUGUCUAUUUUAUAACUAUUUCAAAAACUUUCCAUCCACAGUAUAUAACCAAAUCACUUGGGGUUGACAUGGUCACAUAUGGCUAUCUCCAGACGGCAUUUGCUGCACUACAGUUGUUAGGAGGACCAGUUUAUGGACGUCUUGGUGACAUGUUCGGUAGCCGAGCAGUUCUUGUCUUGGCCCACACUUGUGGAUGUUUGAUGUACUUUGUUAUAGCAGUCGCAAACAGUUCAGCCAUGCUGUUUUUUUCACGAAUCCCUGGCUUAUUAAUGCAUGGAGCUCAAGGUAAAUUAUACACACAGUCAUGCUAUAUUAAAAGUAUCUAGAAAGGUCUGUAUACUGUAAUAUAGACUAACUUUAUUGCCUUUUCAUUGGCCACAGGUGCCCAGAUGGUCAUGACAGAUAUGACAAGCCACAAAGGUAUAUUUUAUCAAAUUGUCAACUGCUUCAAAAAUGUCAUUGUAAAAGCAUAAGUUGCAAUAAAAACUUAAUUGUUUAAUUAAUGUUUUUACAGAGCGUGCAGUAGCCUUGGGUCAACUUGGCCUCUCCUACGGAGCAGGGGUCAUUCUAGGCCCGUUUAUUGGUGGACAAAUAGCAAAAUAUUUUUCUCAGAAAGCCGCUGUGAUGUCAGCAGCAAUUUUAUCUGUGUUUGCGAUAACAUUUGUCAUCACAUUUAUUCCAAAAUUCACAAGAAAGAUAGGUAGGUAAAUGAACAUCAAAUCUAAUUUUUCCCUCAGUCUUGUUACCCCAUGUCUUCUUCACAUCACCAUGUCCAUCUCAACCUAAAUGCUGAUCCCUCACCUUCUCUGCAAUGUCUACUUUCUUCUGAUCUCUUCAUUCCAUAAUGUCUCUGACCAGCUCUCCUUCAUCUCUUCUUACUAUGUGUCCAUACCAUCUCAACCUUGGUUCUCUCAUCUUCUCUGCAAUGUCUACCACCUCACAUCUUCUUCAGAUCACUUCAUUCCAUAAUGUCUCUGACCAGCUCUCCUUCAUUUCUUCUUAAUAUUAUGUGUCCAUACCAUGUCAGCCUUGCUUCUCUCACCUUUCUGCAAUGUCUACCACCCCACAUCUUCUGAUCUCUUCAUUCCAUAAUAUCUCUAACCAGCUUUCCUUCAUCUCUUCUUAUCACAUGUCCAUACCAUCUCAACCUUGCUUCCCUCACCUUUUCUGCAAUGUCUACUACCCCACAUCUUCCUCUGAUCUCUUCAUUUCGUAAUGUCUCUGACCAGCUCUCCUUCAUUUCUUCUUAUUACAUGUCCAUACCAUCUCAACCUUGCUUCCCUCACCUUCUCUGCAAUAUCUACCACCCCGCAUCUUCUGAUCUCUUCAUUCCACAAUAUCUCUGACCAGCUGUCCUUCAUCUCUUCUUAUUACGUGUCCAUACCAUCUCAGCCUUGGAGUAUCUACCACAUCACAUAUUCUGAUCUCUUCAUUCCAUAAUCUCAAGGUUAAACUCUCUUUAAAAGCAUUACAACAGCGUGUAGACAAACAUGAAUCUAUUUUUUAUAGAUUCAAAGCCCAAGCAGGAGUCGUCCACGUCUUUAUUUGACUUGAAAAGAAUCAAAGAUCUCAUGCUAACACCGGGCGUCGGUUUUAUCUAUUUAAUGAAACUUAUUUCUGGUUUGCCGUUCGGAAUAUUUCAGUCAAUGUUCGCCUUGGUCGUUGUAAACACCUUUGGUCUGACUCCAGCCCAACAUGGCAUGUUUAUGUCAUAUAUUGGAGCUCUUAUGAUAGUAAGUUCAACUUAUCAAUACGUGAUGUGGCAAGCACCCUGAUAAAUCUUGAACUGCCUUUGCCAGUAUAGGUAGUGCCAAUCAAAUGAACAAGCUUUCGUUGGUAGAAUGGUAGGGAAGGCCCCUCGUCUCUUCAGUAACUCCAGACGAAAGGCCUUCGAAAUUCUCCUUAUAUUUUUCAGGUAGUACCAACGAAAGCUUGUUCACCCUGAUAAAUGCAUGACGUACGUGAAGAGAGUGCUUCCAUGCAGUUUGAAGGAUUUUUAAAUGUUUUACAUUUAUUACUAAGGCCUACACAGCCCCAGGAGGAGUUACGAAAAAUUCAACUAUAGGCCCUCUGGCUCUGGCAAGAUACGGCGCUCUUACCAACUGAGCCACAGAGGCCAGUUGUCGAGCUCUAGCCACAAGUUCGUGUAUAUAUUAUACUACAAUGAUGCCAACGUAAGGUGUAUUGGGUAAAUAUGAGGAUUCUGGGUAUCUACCAACAGCACAGCCCGCACAGGUCUCUGGAUAGUCCGAUAGAGUCAUUCAUGUCUCUAUAAAUCUGUUUUGUUCCAUUUUCUAGCUCGCACAAGGUUUUGGUGUGGGAUUUGUAACGAGACGAAUGAAUGAGAAGAACACGUUGGUCCUAGCCAUGAUUUUAUGUUCUUUUGGUUACAUCCUUUUGGUGAGUUUGAACGUGCAUCUACGUUUGGCUUUGAAGGUCAGAGUUGCCAACUCUGAUGCGAUAUAUUUUGUGAUUGAUUAAAACGAACUUCGAACUGACAUCUCACAUAAUAUGUUAACUCAGUCUGAUAGCUGACAAACGAUGGAACAGUAAUUUGGAACUGACAUCGUACAAAAUAUCUUAACUGAUAGCUCACAAACGAUGGAACAGUAAUUUGGAAGUGACAUCUUACAAAAUAUCUUAACUGAUAGCUUACAAACGAUGGAACAGUACUUUGCAACGCACAUUUUCCAAAUAAACAUCUUGGAGCUCACAAAUGGGUAGCACUUUUUGUAAUCAAGAAGUGUGUCGCUAUUUUCAACCAACUAACACCAUGAAAUUCCAUUCAAUCUUUUCCAUAGUUCUUCAGCUCCAGUGCACUUCAUCUUUGUGUGAUGGUGAUACCCCUCGUUUUUGGCGGUGCGUUAUUUGGUGUGAUCACCAACUCCAUCCUGACCAAGCUAGUCCCGCCAGAGGACACGGGAUUCGUCCUUGGUAUUUCCUUCGCCACGCAUGCUCUAAUAAGAACAUUAGCACCCACAAUUGGUGGUUUAUUACUUAGUCGAUUCGGCUACACGUCGUUUGGUAGUAUAGGAUUUGUUGUAUGUUCUAGUACGGCGCUGUUUUUGUUUGUAAAACAGAACUUGCAGACCGAAGCGUAGUUUUAUUUUAGUUAUGUAAUAUACAAUAUGUGCAAUUUUUGUAAUAAUAGUCAUGCUAAAAUUGAUUUUACAGUGGUGCGUUGAUUUCAAACCGUUCUAGCUGGCCGAAACGUUUCCGUGAAAGUGCAUGAGAGUUAGCAGUCACGCGAGCUUGGUUAGCUGUUCUUAAUGCUUUCCCAACACUAUCAUGUAUUUUAUUUACGUGAAAACAUACUGUAGUUGGAACAUUCAUCAAACCUUUAUUUUGUUAAUCUAGAGCAUAAAAUGUCCCCUGUAACAAUGCGGGACUGCGAACCCUCAUCAACUCUCAUAUCCUCGUCGGGACUCUAAUGCAUAAGAGAUCUUAACCUAAUACCGUAUAUGUUCUUUGCAAGAACAAAGCAGAAAAAAAAAACCCCGUUUGAUAUGUCUUUGUUUUGCUUUGGUUUGCUUAUGCUCAGAGGUUCGACUAUGUACUCCGCGUUUUGUCUAUGAAUUCUUGUGCUUAAUAUUUAAUUUCAUUCGUGUCAACUAAAGUCCUGGGCAAACUAGGAAACAUUGUUGUGGAAACAUUUGUGAUUCUCGAUGUUUCCUCAAAUGUUUCCCUGUUUGCCCACCCGUGGAAACAUUGUUGCGGAAACAUUGUUGCGGAAACAUUGUUGCGGAAACAAACUUUGCUUCCCGAGAAGCAAAAAUGUUUCGUAGCGAAUUCAGAAACAUUUGAUCAAUGUUUCCCUAUAUAUGUUUCUUACUAAUGUUUCCUAGUGUUUGCCCACUCUGGGAAACAUGGCGAAACAUUGGUAGAAAACAAUGUUUCCACAACAAUGUUUCCUAGUUUGUCCAGGGCUUAAGUUUUACCAUUUAGUCAUUUUAUAAUAACAUGAUUGUGCGUCUAUAUAGCAUAAACGUUCUUGGAAAGUGCAGUGUUGUGCAAAUGUACCGGUGGUGAAAAUAAAUAAAACUUCAAAGAAUGAUACACACACAAUGUACGAUUACCCCCAGAGAACACGCCCACCGCCUCUAGCCCGCGCGCCACCUCUAGCCCUACCACCGCUACCCCUACCACCACUACCCCUAGCACGCCCUCCACCAAGAGGGAUGGCCCGUUGUUUCGGUGGGGCAGGUCGAUUGAACGUUGUAGCACAUUUUGGAAUAUGUCUUGCUGCGGUCUCCGGGGCGAAACGCCGGGUGCAGUGUUUACAGUAGACGUAGUCGGGGUUCUCGCUGGCAGGUGGAGGGGGAAGGUCUGACAGAUUGCCACCCUUCUUCACAUAUUGUUGAACCUUCUUUGCAUCGCGAAUUGCUCUGACGAAGUCCUCUGCAAAGGAAAGAUUUAGAUCGUUAAAAGUAGUACUUUAGAUAGAUAAAUAGAUGGAUGGUCUUUGAUAGAUGGUUCAUUUCGUAUAAACAUUGCAGCAAUAUAGGCUGAAUUACGCUUAUAUUUACAAGAAAAUAUUAAAAUACUAU